AUGAAAGUUCAUGUGGACAAAAGCAAGGUUUUUAUACCUGGGCAGGAAAAGCCAAAGGAGAAAGAGAAGAAGUACAUGCUGCCGGUGGACAACUUGAAGGUGCGAGACAUCGAGAAAAGUUUCAUGUCCAGCAAGCACAUCUUUGCCCUCUUCAAUACGGAGCAAAGGAAUGUUUACAAAGAUUACCGUCAACUGGAGCUGGCGUGUGAAACCCAGGAGGAGGUAGAUAGUUGGAAGGCGUCCUUCCUGCGGGCUGGAGUUUACCCAGAACGCGUUGUGUCUGCAGAGUCAGAAGAGAAUGGCUCGGACAGCUUAAUGCAUUCAAUGGAUCCCCAGCUGGAGAGGCAAGUGGAAACGAUCCGGAACCUUGUUGAUUCCUACAUGGCCAUCGUCAACAAAACCAUCCGUGAUCUGAUGCCCAAGACAAUCAUGCACCUUAUGAUAAACAAUACCAAGGAGUUCAUCAACUCCGAGCUCCUCGCCAACCUCUACUCCUGCGGUGACCAGAACACCCUCAUGGAGGAGUCGGCCGAACAAGCCCAGCAUCGCGACGAGAUGCUGCGCAUGUACCACGCCCUGAGAGAGGCCCUGAACAUCAUCGGGGACAUCAACACCACAACCAUUAGCACCCCGCUGCCUCCGCCGGUGGACGACUCUUGGCUGCAGGUGCAGAACAUACCGUCCGGACGCAGGUCUCCCACCUCCAGCCCCACGCCGCAGAGAAGAGCGCCGGCAGUCCCUCCCGCCAGACCUGGAUCGCGGGGACCAGCUCCUGGACCUCCGCCUGCUGGUGGACCCAGCCUCGGUGGUGCUCCGCCUGUGCCUUCCAGGCCGGGGGCCUCUCCUGAUCCUUUUGGGCCACCCCCGCAAGUCCCCUCGCGGCCCAACCGCGCGCCCCCAGGGGUCCCAAGCCGGCCUAGCAAAGCCAGUCCCUCUCGUCCGGAGAGUCCAAAGGCACCGUUUGACAUGUAACUCUGCUCAUCCAUCCUUUUAUCUGCCUCUUAGCUGUCCUGUCCUGGAAUGAUCGAACGCACAUCUUUAAAAAAAAACACAAAAAAAA